GCCGGCCCCACGCUAGCCCCUGCCAAAAACUUUUCAAGCCCCUCUUCUUACCUCGACCCCUCCAUCCACCCACCCAUCCCACCAUCUCACUCUUCCGCACACCAGCCCACGCAAAUAAAACCCUCUCCAUCACCCAUCCCUCUGCUCGUUCUCCUCUUCCGAUCUUUGUCUGCUACAUACCGAUUCUUUCUGCGAAUCAUCUGUGCACUUUCACCUCUCAAAACCACACAUCUCGAUCCAGAACCGCCAAAAUGGGUAAGGAAGAGAAGGCUCACAUCAACGUCGUCGUUAUCGGCCACGUCGAUUCCGGCAAGUCGACCACCACUGGUCACUUGAUCUACCAGUGCGGUGGUAUCGACAAGCGUACCAUCGAGAAGUUCGAGAAGGAGGCUGCCGAGCUCGGCAAGGGUUCCUUCAAGUACGCGUGGGUUCUUGACAAGCUCAAGGCCGAGCGUGAGCGUGGUAUCACCAUCGACAUUGCCCUCUGGAAGUUCGAGACUCCCAAGUACUAUGUCACCGUCAUUGACGCUCCCGGUCACCGUGACUUCAUCAAGAACAUGAUCACUGGUACUUCCCAGGCCGACUGCGCCAUUCUCAUCAUUGCUGCCGGCACUGGUGAGUUCGAGGCUGGUAUCUCCAAGGAUGGCCAGACUCGUGAGCACGCUCUGCUCGCCUACACCCUUGGUGUCAAGCAGCUCAUCGUUGCCAUCAACAAGAUGGACACCACCAAGUGGUCCGAGGCCCGUUACGAGGAAAUCAUCAAGGAGACCUCCAACUUCAUCAAGAAGGUCGGCUACAACCCCAAGACCGUUGCCUUCGUCCCCAUCUCCGGUUUCCACGGCGACAACAUGCUUGCCCCCACCACCAACGCUCCUUGGUACAAGGGUUGGGAGAAGGAGACCAAGGCCGGCAAGACCACCGGCAAGACCCUCCUUGAGGCCAUCGACUCCAUCGAGCAGCCCAAGCGCCCGACAGACAAGCCCCUCCGUCUUCCCCUCCAGGAUGUCUACAAGAUCGGUGGUAUUGGCACAGUGCCCGUCGGCCGUAUCGAGACUGGUGUCCUCAAGCCCGGUAUGGUCGUUACCUUCGCUCCCUCCAACGUCACCACUGAAGUCAAGUCCGUCGAGAUGCACCACGAGCAGCUCACUGAGGGUCUUCCCGGUGACAACGUUGGCUUCAACGUGAAGAACGUCUCCGUCAAGGACAUUCGCCGUGGCAACGUCGCCGGUGACUCCAAGAACGACCCCCCUGCCGGCGCUGCUUCCUUCAACGCCCAGGUUAUCGUCCUUAACCACCCCGGUCAGGUCGGUGCUGGCUACGCCCCCGUCCUCGACUGCCACACUGCCCACAUUGCCUGCAAGUUCUCCGAGAUCCUCGAGAAGAUUGACCGCCGUACCGGAAAGUCCGUUGAGAACAACCCCAAGUUCAUCAAGUCUGGUGACGCCGCCAUCGUCAAGAUGGUUCCCUCCAAGCCCAUGUGCGUUGAGGCUUUCACCGACUACCCCCCUCUGGGACGUUUUGCCGUCCGUGACAUGCGUCAGACCGUCGCUGUCGGUGUCAUCAAGUCCGUUGACAAGUCCGCUGCCACCGGUGGCAAGGUCACCAAGUCUGCUGCCAAGGCUUCCAAGAAAUAAGCGGCUUAACUCACCAGGGUUGGGUUCUGAGUACGCCCAUGGCUUCGCCGCCAUGGAUACUCACUUCUACGGCUUUACGAAUUCCCUUUGCGUGGCAUGAGGACAUAUGAAUACGGCUGGGUAGCACGAAUAUCGAGAGGAAGGAUGGACCGGAUGAUUCUACGUCAAAAAAACUUCUCAUGAUACGUGCUCAGUAGCACAAAAAUAGAGUCCUAGAAGUGAUUCCCAAGUUA